GAUUGAGCAAAUUCACACGUAUAUACAUGUUCAAUACAAAACGGUGUGUUUUGAGGAAGAACGUACAUUUGAAUAAGAGCGAGGGUGUUUCCUUCGUGUAACUAUUAUAGAUACAUUUAAAAUUUAGAAAACGUGGAAUCUGGUUGAUUUUUUGGAUUUAAGAGAUAUCUUAUGGACAUGCCCGAACGUUCUGAUACUCCUGGGGAUAGCACGUUGGAUGAAUUGAACAAGAUUAAAUUAAAAAACUUGUAUCUCCGUAUAAGAAGCAAUGAGAACGUUAACAGCCCAGCAAACUUUGACUUGUCAGGACUGAACACUCCAGUCGAUGAAGUAAGUAAUGCAAACAUGCAAAACCUGAAUGUUAGUGAUUUCCGCAGCAUUGCUCAACAAAGCAAUCGUGGAGAUUGUUACUCUCGUAUUGAGAACGUUAUGAAAUUAAAAUCCUUGUACAGUGAAGCUAUCAACGGCGUCUUUUCUGCAGAACCAAAGAAUAUUCUCAUCGUUACUAAACCAAGGAACCAUUCAUUGGUAUAUUUGACGGCCGACAUAACGAAAUUUUUGCUUACUUCAACCUCACCUGACUCGUCGGUCUACGUAGACAAACGUCUAGCGAACUCCAAAAGAUUUAUCGCAAACGAUAUUCUGAACGAAUUGGAAUUGCAAGAAGAUAGGAUUAAGUAUUGGACUCCUUAUAUUUGCCUAGUGAAACCAACGCAAUUCGAUUUAAUUAUCACCGUUGGUGAUAAUCAAACUGUUUUGUAUACCUCCUGGUUAUUUCAAAAGCUUUGCCCUCCUGUUUUGACUUUAUCUGACGCCGACGCUCCUGGGUUUUUAACUCAUUUCCCUGCUGCUGAUUAUAAAAAGAAUAUCAAUUAUCUGUUAAACAGUAGUGUUUCUUUGCGCUUUUCUUCUCGGCUGGAAUGUUCCUAUUUUAAGUACAACGCAGAAACAGAACAGUACACUCACGUAUGUACUAGUUAUGUUUUAGAUGAGGUACAGGUUUCACGUGGCGAGCAUCCUUAUAUCAGUAAUUUAAAUCUUUACAACAACUCAGAGUUAAUGACUGUCGUUCAAGCUGAUGGACUAAUUAUCUCUACUCCAACUGGUUCAACCAACAUGUCCAUGAAUGCUGGUGGCUCUCUUGUUCAUCCUGCAUUAAACGCUCUGUUAAUUACCCCUAUAUGUCCUCAUUGCCUAUCUUUUAGGCCUGUUAUCCUUCCUGAUUAUUCUGUCGUAACUAUAGAGAUCCCCUUGGAUUCUCGUGCUAGCGCUUUCUACUCUGCUGAUGGCCACAGCAAAAUAGAAAUGACCCGAGGAGAUUACCUGUCUAUUGUGACUUCACAAUAUCCCUUUACUGCAAUUCAAAACCCCCACAAGCAAUGGACGAAAGUUCUUGAAGACAAACUCCAUUGGAAUGUACGAGAAAUACAAAAACCUUUCUCUAGAAAGCAAAGCAUGAUUCUUAAUAAAGACAAUAAUGACGAUAAAUUUGAUAUUGCUGAAAAUUCCUACAACAGAGAGGCCGCCGAGAACUCUUAGACUAAAAGCUUCACUAAUGCAUUGGGAGGUAAAUGUGUUUCUUCCUUUUUCGGUAUCUUUCGUAAUGAGCAUGAUAUGAUUCACGGAUUUUUACACUCUGUACAAGCUCCAUGCUAUUUAUGUAUAUAUUCCUCUCUUUUCCGCGUUUCCCUUUUUGGAUAUUGAAAAGAUUUUGAUGUACUUUAUAUAUUAUGCUAACAAAGACCUUAAUGAUUUUGAAUCCUAUUCAAAUUAACGUAUAGUUCAAUAUUUAUCAGAUAAACUAUUUUAAUUACAUUUUCGGUUUAAUUUUCAUUAUAGGAUGUCUAUAAAAUACAAAUAAAU